CAGUCCAGCUAGCCCGCCGGCGUGACGUGCACGGCGCACGCGUACGUUUCUCCGAUCCCUUCCGCUGGCUAUAUCUCUCCUCCUUUCCUUUUCCCCUUCCCUUCGUCAUCAGUCAUCACAAAGCCUGUCACAGACACAGAGAGAUUGUCCAUGUCCUAAUUCCUCUUGGCGAGUGAGUGGCCGGCAAUAAUCUAGCUAGCAUCGCCAUGUCUCGCCCAAGGAUCCUUGCCUCCGUGGAGGCCGGCGUGCGGCUGCUGCGUGUGGCGGCGGCGGCGGCGGCGGUCUUGCUGUGCCUGUCCGUGCAUCUAGGGCGCGCGGCGCCGCUGGGCGCGGAGGUUGCAGAGUUCCCAGGGUUCGAAGGCAACCUCCCCUCCAAGCACUACGCCGGGUAUAUAACAGUUGGCCAUGAGCAACAAAAGAGACACCUAUAUUACUAUCUUGCCAUUUCUGAAAGGAAUCCAAGCUUAGAUCCUGUGGUCAUCUGGAUAAAUGGUGGUCCAGCAUGUUCAGGGUUUAGUGCAUUUCUGCAUUCAAUUGGACCUUUUAAAAUGGAGGGCUCCCAAGUUCACAUUAAUGACGGUCCACGAGUAACCCUAAACCCUUACUCAUGGACAAAAAUGGCUAGCCUCAUUUUGGUUGACUCGCCAGCAGGUGUGGGCUACUCUUAUGCUGAUACCGAAGAUGACUACACAACAAAUGAUACAAGCAGAGUAGUGGACUUGUAUGAUUUUCUGUCAAAGUGGUUUGCGGAAUAUUCUGAAUUUCUAUCUAAUCCUUUCUACAUAGCUGGAUGCUCUUACAGUGGAGUGAUAGUACCUGUACUUGCACAGGAAAUUCUAAAGAGAAAUGAAGAGUCCGGUGGGAUGAAGAUAAACUUCAAGGGCUAUUCAUUGUGUAAUCCAGCUAUUGAUGUUGACAUAGAGAACAAUGCACAUGUUCCAUAUGCAUUUCGAAUGGGUUUGAUUUCAGAUGAAUUGUUUCAAAGUUUGGUUGCUACAUGUAAUGGAAAGUAUUGGAAUAACUCCAAUCCAUCGUGCCAAGGGAACAUGGAGCAAUUUUAUAUGCAAAUAAAAGGUAUUAACAUGGAGCAUAUUCUAUGCCCCCCAUGUCGAUACAAGAUGGGGAUAACCAAUGAAUUUGUGGAGUAUGAUUCUGGUCAAAUGUUUGAGCGCCUUUCUAAAACCUCCAAGCAUGGUUUAGAAUGCCAUGAUCAAGAGUUGGCCCUUGAGAAACUCUUUGAUACAGAUUUGGGCAGAGAAAAACUGCAUGCAAAAAAGGUUGAAGUAUCAGGAUCAUGGAAGAGGUGUCCCAAGCGUGUUCUGUACACGAGGGAUAUUCUAACAUUGAUAGAAUAUCACUUGAACAUAACAUCCAAAGGUUAUAGAGUGUUUGUUUACAGUGGAGACCAUUCUUUGCUUGUUCCUUUUACUGCAACUAUGGAGUGGCUAAAGAAACUAAACUACAAUGAAAUCGAGAAAUGGCAUCCUUGGUUUGUGGAGAAUCAGAUUGCUGGGUACUCAAUUAGGUAUGAGAACAAUAUAUUGUUUGCGACAAUAAAGGUCCCUAAACAUCCAAAACAUUUGGGUCACUAAACUUGCCUACUAACUACACGAUGGCUUGGACUGGACCAUAGAGGUGAGGUCCACAUGAUAGCCCUAGCCCUAGCCCUAUCUUCACUGCUUGUUUUUAUCUCUCACUCCUCGUAUUGUGUCCUCCCGCCCAGCAGACAUCCUCUUCCUCUAUGGCACAUCCUCCAUACCUCUUCGUCCUCCAACCUAGACACCCCAUGACGGCCUCUUUCGUGGCUGCGAAGUAUAGUGACUACAUGUCCUUGUCUUGGAUGAAGCCUUGAUCCCUCUAUCAAGGUCCUAAAUUGUGUUGCCAGCAUCUCAAACGCUACCUUGUCACUAAUGAGGUUGUGCACAUUGUGUGUGUGUGUAGAGGGGGCAUGCCCUUUUGUAGCACUCGCUGGCCACCGUAUUUGCCUCCCAUGCAAAAAUUAAAUGUACACCAUCUACACAAUGCGGGUUGUUGGGCUAUAGGUUCAUGGUAUGCC